AUGUCGUACGCCCAAGCAGCCUCCCAGGGCGCUCAGCAAUCUCCUGAAGAGAUCGAAGUAGCUGACUCAGACACAACAAAGACCUCCCUCAUCGACGUGGACUCCCCACACGUUUCCUCCGUGCCUUCCACCUUCGAAUCACAGGAAAUAAAAACCACCACUCAGGCGGAGCGUAUUGGGCGGGAGCGCGAAAGGGAAAAAGCAGCCGCAGCCGCAGCCGAACGCGAACGGGAAUUCUGCAAGGAUAAAGACAAAGGCAAAGUAAAAGCUGGGAAGGAGGCUGCUAAUAAGGCCGCCGUAGCCAAGGCGAAGUUGAGCCGUAAUAUAACAAAUCCGGUGAUCCUGGGGAACGCGCUGUUCAUAACGUUUGCGGGCACUGGGUUGGGAUUUGGGGCGUAUCAGAAGCAUAUUCGGGGGGCGUUGACUUGGAGGGUUAUUGGAAUGUGGUCCGGGAUCGUUGGGACGGUGGUGUUUGUAGAUUAUUUUGUUAGCAAGUGA